AUGAGCGAACUCCUCGACUACAUCCUCAAGAACGAGGAUGCAUUUAGAAGGAACCGCCUCCCAUCACUCUACUCAGACUUCGCCCUCCAAAAGAAGACAAACCCCGAUGGCUACGCCAUCAACGUCGCAGCAUGGGAACAAGCCCUGAACCACGCCGCAAAGCGCGGCUACACUUCCUCCCGCGGCGUGCGCGUACGUUCUGGAUCUACAAGUUCCCAAAGAAACAGCUCUUCUCGGCGCAAGAAGACCGACCAUCUCAUUCUCCGCACGGACGAGUCGCUUUUGCGGGACCUGGAGCUGUCAGACCUCGGCAGACCCGUAGCACUCGGUGCUGUCUUUAAUGAGGCGAUGCAGAAACGAAAUAUGGUGCCGCUGCCGAUUUACAAGACUGAUCCUGGGUGUCUCAAAAAGAGCCAAUGGCGUAUUAUUGAUCCUAGUGCUUUGAGUCCUUGGAAUGUUAUGAGUUGGGGAGUUCGUCAAUUGAAGGGUGUUGUGAUUGGCUCUGAUGAGUCUUCACCUAAGUUGCAGGUGCAGGAGUUGGUGCUGGUUGAAAAUCUCAAGGACGCUGCAGACUUGGUUGUCAAACGAGCUACUGGGAACAAGCCAUCUAAGCUCGAUCUGAUCUAUUCUAAAGAGAGCUUCGUCGAACGAUUCUCAGACGUUUUGCAUGAUGCGACAGAACUCUCAGAUGCAGAUUUUGAUAUUCUUCUAGUUUAUUUGUCUCGCGACUCUGGCGUGAUAUCAUAUGAUGGGAAGACUAUUAAAUUCAAGUCUGCUGGUGACUCAACAGACAUCACUCAGCAAGAUUCGACCAUCGCUUCAAUCAAGACGCUUGUCUCGACGAUAACGAAACAAGUCGAGGGCCUCGAAGAAAAGAUUGCUAACUUGACGGCAUCUGCGAAGACGGCGCUCAAUAAUAAGAAUCGCAUCUCGGCUCUUUCCGCUAUCAAGUCCAAGAAGAUGGUUGAACACAACUUGCAGCAACGCCUGAACACACUUGCGCAGCUCGAGGAAGUAUAUUCAAAAAUCGAGCAAGCUGCCGGACAAGUGGAAAUCGUGCAGGUGAUGGAGGCAAGCACUGGUGUUCUUCGUGGUCUGCAUGCGCAGGUCGGUGGCGCCGAGAGGGUGGAAGAUGUCGUUGAGGAAUUGCGCGAGGAGAUGAUGAAGGUGGAUGAGGUUGGCGGUAUUAUGAAUGAGGCUGCACCAGUGAUCGACGAGGACGAAAUCGACGACGAGCUGGAGGCGAUGGAGCAGAGCAGCCGCGAGGCCAACGAGGAGAUCGAAGCGGAGAAGACGCGGAAAAAGUUGGCCGAGCUGGACAACCUGAAGGAGGCAUCGGGCGAGGUGUCUCGUCAAAGGCAAGCGGACAAAGAUACAGAAGCUCAGCUAACGAACAGGCUUUCAAACCUGUCGGUCGAGGAACGCCCAAUGGAGGCGAAGUAA